CCAGACAGUUAUGGACAAGGAUUCUCAUUGCCUCUGUUUUAUGAAAAACCAAUCCCAAGGGAGAUAGCACUAUUACAGAGGGGUAAAUUUCAUGAACACAGGUUUUUCUGAGAGCAGAGAAUAUGAAGGGGGAAGGGAAUGUAUCUUGUAAAGAGCUGGGGGAGGGAGGUUUGCUAGGUUCACUAAGGUGAAUGUUCAAACGUCAGAGCUUCUGGGGAUGGGCACAUUUGACAAUCAGAAGAAUCUGUGCUCUUGAAUUUCCAGUAAAUACAAUUGAAUGAUUUCCUGGCCAUGCAGAGUAAUUAACGUCUGUUUCUGUGUUUGAAUGUACAGGCAGUGUGCCCCUUCAGACAUCCUUGCAUUCACAUACAGAUUUCUUGGGAGAUCCUGCACUGUUGCUAAUUGUUGAAAGAUGUCCGGAAUCCUUAUCGCUAAGAUCUUGCUGAGCGUGUGAGGUGUUGCAUUACCUGAUACGAUCAAGGCUUUCACCAGAACACUAAGCUGUAGAUAUGGUUAGAGAGAGUAAGUCUAGCAGUGGGAACAGAACUGUAAGGUCACAGCCAAACAUGCUGAAAUGGAGAGUGUAGAGUCUGAGUCGACCCAAAGGCAGACUGGAUCCUGUCUCCAGAGGGGUUUAAACUCCAGCCUUUCAUCAGCCUGGUGCUGCAGGAAGCACAGAGCCUUCUGGGAGCUGUAGUUCAAGUGGAUGCUGAUCAAGUGACCUAAAAUUUGAGGAUGGUUGUGCAUGCUGGUGAGAUGCCCAUCAGCCCAGACUCUCAGUAGCCAUUUAUUCUUAUGUGCCUUUCCUCUCUGUUCCCCAGCUUGGUGCAGCUGCCACUCCUCCUAGCAGGCUGCAGUCAUGUUAUCAGGAAGUAGUGUGUUACCAGCCGUUCUGUGCAGAGACCAUCUAGCAUGCUCCUCAAACGAGGCCUUUCAGCUGGUGCCAACAGCAGCUGUUUGAUUCCAGGGACACCAGGCUGACUUCUGGACCUGCAGAGCAGAAACCGUGUUAGAACCGGCCUUCCUUUCUCCAGUGUGUUGGGAUCUUUACAGCAGCCCAUGCUGCAGCGCCUCGCCUAUUCCACUCGAACUGCCUGCACCGCUGGCUUGGACCUAACCUAGGAUAAAUCUCGGCGUGGCCUGGGUAGGGGGGAACCAUGGGGAGCUCUGCCUCAUCGCUGGCCGCAGAGACGGAGUCGGACCAUGGCUUCACUAGCCCACCCUACCCGGGGCACCCAGCUGUGGGCUGGUAUAGGAGUAGUCACAAUGGCCCAGUUUGGGAAAGUGCCCUUAUAACACGGCAGCAUCAGCAUUUACACCACCGGGUGCGAAGCCACUCACACUCUCCUGGCUCCAUGGCUGCUGUGCGUGAGUGGUCCUGCACCCGCUGCACCUUCUUGAACCCUGUCGGCCAACGGCAGUGCUCCAUAUGUGAAGCCCCUCGCCAAAAGCCUGACCUCAACCACAUUCUGCGGCUCAGUGUGGAGGAACAGAAGUGGGCCUGUGCCCGCUGCACCUUCAGGAACUUUUUGGGCAAGGAAACCUGUGAGGUGUGUGGCUUCACCCCAGAGCCAGGGCCCAGCAGCUCCCCCUUGCCCAUCAUCAAUGGCAUCUUGCCCAAGCCCACCGUGCUUGUGGAGCCCAAGGGCACAUCCAAGGAGGAGGCUAUCAAGGCAGAAAGUGGCAGUGAGGACUCUGGGGGGAAGAGUCCAGAUGAGGCAGAGCUGGAGAAUGGCUGGGCUUGCCAGCGCUGUACGCUGCACAACACGCCAGUGGCCAACUCCUGCUCUGCCUGUGGUGGGCCACGCAAGCUCUCCCUGCCCAAGAUCCCGCCAGAGGCGCUGGUCGUCCCUGAAGUCAUCACUCCUGCUGGAUUUCACAUAGCUGCAGCUGCCCCUCAGCCUUUAGUCUCUGUAGAGAUCACCGAUGGUGAUGCUGUAGCCACCCAGGGCCCAGUGACUACGGAACAAGAGGCCCAGAAGAUGCCAGCCUUCAGCCCCUUCUCGCCGGGGCUCCAGAACAACCCUGUGCCCCGGAGCCGCCGGGAGGUCCCCCCGCAGCUGCAGAUGCCAGGGCCUGAAGCCUCGCAGCCUGUGGCUCAGACCGUACCUGGGCAGAAGGGCUCUCCACAGGGUCAGGCCAGAGCUCCACCAGCUGCCCGCUUCCAGGAGCUGCUGUCCAACAAGCGACUGGGCGUGCUGGAGGAGGAGAUGGAGGUCAGUCCGUCCCACUGGAAGUGCAGCACCUGCUCCCUGCUUAACUCUGCCGGGGCAAGCAAAUGUGAGGCCUGCUGUACCCAGAAAGGCAGUGACAUGAUCAACUUGGUGGGGGACUCAGUGAGAUUCACCCCAUGCAGCCCCUCCAGCCCUGACUUCACUACCUGGUCCUGUUCCAAAUGCACCCUCAAGAACCCCACACUGGCCCAGAAGUGCAAAGCCUGCGGCUCCUCCAAAUUGCAUGGCUUCCAGGAGCAUGGGGUGCAGGGUGAGCUGACCCCCAGGUGUUCCGAGUGCGGGGCUUGCGACAAGGGCGGCUGUUCCUCCUGCACUGGCAGGGCCCCGUCCGCUCGCAAGGUUGCUCGCCUCUUCCCUUCCCAGCUGCCCACAGCCCAAGACAGGCCAAGUCAGUGGGCUUGUCCUGCUUGCACCUUGCUCAAUGAGCUCAAGGCCAAGCACUGCGUGGCCUGCCAUACCCCCCAGCACUAUGUGGCCCAACACAAGGGCACCAAGCCCCUCAAGAGACGUGAGAGCAUGCAUGUGGAGAAGAGGCGGCAGACAGAUGAAGGAGAGGCCAAAGCCCUGUGGGAAAACAUUGUGACUUUCUGCCGGGAGAACAAAGUCAAUUUUGUAGAUGACAGUUUCCACCCUGGGCCCAAGUCUGUGGGAUUCCCGGAAGGUGACAGCGUCCAGCAGAGGGUGAAACAGUGGCUGCGACCCCAUGAAAUCAACUGUAGCAUCUUCAAAGACCGAUCGGUGAAGUGGUCAGUGUUUCGGACACCCAGGCCCUCAGACAUCCUACAGGGACUGCUGGGAAACUGCUGGUUCCUGAGUGCCCUGGCAGUGCUGGCAGAGCGGCCAGAGCUGGUGGAGAGGGUGAUGAUCACGCGGACGCUGUGCCCUGAGGGUGCCUACCAGGUUCGGCUGUGCAAGGAUGGCACGUGGACCACUGUGCUGGUGGAUGACAUGUUGCCUUGUGAUGAGUGUGGAUACCUCCUCUUCUCUCAGGCCCAGAGGAAGCAGUUGUGGGUAGCCCUCAUUGAGAAGGCGCUGGCCAAGCUUCAUGGUUCGUACUUUGCCCUCCAGGCAGGGCGUGCUAUUGAAGGCCUGGCUACACUAACUGGUGCCCCCUGCGAGAGCCUGAUGCUGCAGGUCAGCUCCACUAACCCUCGCGAGGAGCCCAUUGACACUGACCUCAUCUGGGCCAAAAUGCUGAGUUCUAAGGAGGCUGGGUUCCUCAUGGGUGCUUCCUGUGGUGGGGGAAACAUGAAGGUGGAUGAUGUGGCCUAUGAGAGUAUGGGUCUCCGUCCACGGCAUGCCUACUCUAUCCUGGAUGUACGGGAUGUCCAAGGUUUCAGGUUACUGCGGCUCCGAAACCCCUGGGGCCGCUUCUCCUGGAACGGCAGCUGGUCUGACGAGUGGCCCCACUGGCCUGGCCCCUUGCGUCAUGACCUGAUGCCCCAUGGCAGCAGCGAGGGGGUCUUCUGGAUGGAGUACAGCGAUUUCAUUAAGUAUUUUGACUCCGUGGAUAUCUGCAAGCUCCAUUCAGACUGGCACGAGGUGCGUGUCCAGGGCAUGUUCCCCAACAAGGCCAAUGGGCCGGUGACGGUGACAUCGCUGACAGUGUUGGAGCGUGCUGCCCUGGAGUUUGCCCUCUUCCAGGAGGGCAGCAGGCGGUCGGACAUGGUGGACAGCCACUUGCUGGAUCUGUGCAUCAUGGUUUUCCGAGCUACCUUCACCAGCGGGAACAAACUGAGCCUGGGCCGGCUGAUGGCUCAUAGCAAACGAGCCGUCAAGAAGUUCGUUAACUGUGAUGUCAUGCUGGAGCCGGGCGAGUACGCUGUCGUGUGCUGUGCCUUCAACCACUGGAACGCUGCCCUGGUAGCCCCCACUGCUGCCCAGGUGUCCAGUCCCACCAGCAGCCGGCAGGCCACUGAUUAUUCGAGCUAUAUCCUGGCCAUCUACAGCUCCCGCCUGGUGAUGGUGGAGCAGGUGGAGGCACAGCCCACCACGCUGGCAGAUGCCAUCAUCCUGCUGACUGAGAACAAGGGCGAGCGCCACGAGGGUCGUGAGGGGAUGACGUGCUACUACCUGACACACGGCUGGGCAGGGCUCAUUGUGGUGGUGGAGAACCGGCACCCCAAGUCCUACCUGCACGUCCAGUGUGACUGCACUGACAGCUUCAACGUCGUCUCCACACGUGGCAGCCUCAAAACCCAGGACAGCGUUCCCCCCCUGCACAGGCAGGUGUUGGUGAUCCUUUCCCAGCUGGAGGGUAACGCUGGCUUCUCCAUCACCCACCGUCUAGCACACCGUAAAGCCACCCAGGCCUUCCUCAAUGACUGGAUGUCCACAAAAGGCACCCACAACCCCCUGCUCACACCUGAGGUUGCCGGGCUGCAUGGGCCCCGGCCGCUAUGACAAAAUGCCUCCUCUACACCACUCCUCUCCUCCUUUAUUUUCGCCAAGCCUCUGGCCUGGGGUCGCCCCCCCCAAACUGUCAGCACUGAGCCGCAGGGCAGAGCUGGAAUGUCACACCAAGCACUUUGCCCUUCGUCCGUGGGGCUGGGGGUGAGUUCUCAGGGGCCAGGACCAGCUCUGCUCACCACCUCCUCCCCAGCAGCACCUGCCUCCCCCCUGCCAAUUCACGCACUUUAUGAGGAGCCACUGGGGGGUAGCGGGGGCACAGGGAUGAGGGCACAGCCUGGUCUGUGGCUUUCUCAGGAUCCCACCUCCCCAAAGCUCGCACUGGGGUUUGGUGCCCUCUGCCUCGCCCCAGGCGUACAGAGUGGUAGCAGGGGCCUGCGGGAGAGGGAGGGGGUUGGAAGUUGCCAUCAACCCCCUUCCGAGGCACCAUGCUCAGGACUCUGCCCCCUCCCAUAGCGCCAGGGCCCUGGUGCUGCAAAAAAGCAAAAGAAUAUACCUCUCAAGUCUGUCCAUCUAUGUGAUUCUCUGUCUGCCUGCUGGGCCCUUCUCACUGUCUUUUCCCCCUGUUGUCUGCUGUGAGAAAUGAAUGGGAGACUGGCAUCAAGGUACCUUUGCUGUGCAACAGAAGCUGCUGAUUCAGAUCACCACACGGGCAUGGGAUGUGCUGUGGUCGCCCUACCCUUGUGCCACCUUUGCUUACUGUUCAUGGUGUGGAGUCGCUGCAUUUCCCAGACUGACUCUGGCACCUUGCCUGGCCCUGGGAGACCAGGCUGCCCCUGCCUGCAGGGUGAAGACAGAGGAGUGGUGGUUGGGGCUAAGAAGGAGAAGGUGCUUGAUUCUUUUAAAAAUCCACUACUGAUGCUUUUCACAGCAUCUUGGAGCAAAAUGAACAGAUCCACUUCUCUGCCUGUGCUCUGCAGUGGGGAGCAAGGAUAGGUUUCCUGCAUCCUUGGAGGGGGGAGACACUUCGCUGCUUUGUAGCAACAGGGCCCCCCUCGACUCAUCACACAAGUGUUACUAUGCAAUGGCAAGCACUGAAAGCAGUGCCUGGAGAGAAGCCAUGAGUCUCAAGCUGGGGCUUGGCUCCCUGGCCCUGGGCACUGCCCUGCUGUGACCUCAGCAGGCCAGCCCUAUGCCCUGUGAAGGCAGGGGCUGAAUGCUGGCAGUUUGGCAGUGCCUAGCAGGUGAUGGAGGGGAGCAGGGUGCAGGGCAACAGGUAUAGACCCAAUGUUAGGGGAGCAGCUCGCACUGGUUUGCUUUACUUAGUUGCCAUGUGCAGUGGUGGGGGCAGGCUUUGUCCCAGUGGUGUCUGGGCAUCAUGGCUCUCUGUCUUAGUGAGAGAGAGAGAGAGAGAGAGAGAGACACACACACACACACACACACACAGAGAGAGAGAGAGAGGGGGGGGGGGUGGGGGUGUGUGUCAGGGGUGUCUGCUAGUGUUAUUACUAUCCUUCCUAGGUUGUGAGGACCUGCAGCUCCAGGGGGGUGAUGGGAGAUGUUGGGCCCCAAUAAUGGCCAGGCUCCUGGUGGGGAUGCAGGUUGGAGUGCAUUCUGCAUCCCACUGCUUGCAAUAGUGGCCACCCCUGGGUACACUGAGAACACCAGGCCCUGGACAUGGGAGGUUUGGGGUUUGCCUGCCUGUGUCCAUCCCUUCCCAGUCCUUAAAGAGAUAAGGGGUGGGCAGGGGCCUGGGAAGAUGUGCCCUCUGGGGCACAUGCUGCUGUGGGACCCUCCUGGCCCCUUGGGGCAGGGGCUGCUGAGCCAAGCUGUCUGUAUCUUUAUUUGUUGAUCUGUUUUCUCGGUUCCCUGCUCUUUCCUCCUUGGGAUGAUUUGUUCUUCGCUUUUUCUCUUUCUCUUUCCGUCUUUGAUCUGUGAAUAUUUUUAACCCUGUACAUACUGUCCAGCUCUUAAGAAACACAGGAUAUUUUAUCAAUGUAAAUCAGAUCAGUAAUCCCUGUAUGAUACAAAUUAUGGUGGUUUUCAAACUCAGGUUCUGAUGGACCAAAUAAAGUUUUGUUUUUU